AUGGAUGCAUGCAGGGUAUGCAGAUCGGAAAAACAUACCGGUGUUUAUUAUGGAGCCUUUGUAUGCAGUGGUUGCAAAGUGUUCUUCAUGCGUACCGUGGUAGCCGGGAUUGGAUUUGUAUGCCACGCGGGAGGGAUUUGCGCGAAUCCCCAAGACAUUAUCAAGUGUCGAGCGUGCCGCUUUGGGAAAUGCGGUCAAGUGGGGAUGAGAGCCGACUUGGUUGGGAUCCGGGCAAAUCGACGAUAUAACGAUACUGGAGCGGGUGCACUUGGAGACGCAAAUUCGCCCGAGCAGCCUUCGACAUCGAGAGACACAAACUCAUCAGACAAUGGCCAACCAACAGCCGUUGUCCCCUACUUUGACCGCAGCUAUACCAGCAUCUACUUGCAGGAUUCAUUCACAAGAUCACCCCCGGUUGGAUUGUCAUUUACGGCAUUACUACGUGAUGGUCUCAAAGAGCCGAUACGGCUAGCUGAGAGGCUAUUUGCCUUGGAAAUGUACUGUAACUUUGAUGCUGGGAGCUUGCAUUUGGAUGACGAAGAGCCUUGCUUUACAUAUGCGGUCUCGCUGGCUGAUGCUGUGACGAAUCCGAUGGCGGUAUGCUUGCGGACACCGGCCUUCUACAAAACUUCCCGAUCUCCUCGCAGCACCUUGGAUUACGCCCGAAUUUUCCACCGUAGCGCCGUGUAUUAUUUGGAUUGGGUGGCUGCAUGUCCGGAAAUUCAUAUAAUGUCACCGAGGGAUCAGUUAACCCUAAUCGGCCCCAAAAUGUCAACUAUGCAUUUUUGUACCAUCGCCUAUAAUACAUUCAAAUACAAAGUUGACGGUUAUCUGCUGCCAGAUGGUUAUGUUUUUGAGACUGGCAAAUGCUGGGAUCCCUAUGUAACGAGUAUGAUCGCACUCCUGAAAAGCAGCGUGCUACCCUUAAUGGAGAAGCUCCGUUUGAGCGGUCAGGAAUUUUGCAUCCUAAAGCAAAUCAUAAUGUAUACAGGGAAUAUCGACCUAUCCGAGGAUGGGCGCACAAUUGUGAAUGCCGCGCGGAAAAAGUAUGAACAGCUGCUGGUGUUUUAUGUGGAAGAAGUGUACGGACUUUUGGAUACGGAGGAGAAGCUUCUUCGGGUUCGACUGUUGUUGGAAUUGAAAAACGCUCUUGUGGCGGGCGGCCUCAUCGAAUUUGAACACGUCCGAAAAGAAAUCGAAGCCAGCGUCCGUAAAAACCUAUGUACAGUUUCCCCAUGCCUCGUCUACGAUAUGCAUUUUGGCAAAUUU